AAUAACUCUGAAAGGAAAUCAUAAGAGGCAAUGUCGACAUCCAUCGCCGAUAAUGAGACUGGAACUCUUAUUUCAAACGAUAUUCUCGAAUACUCCGUCGAUUUUCAAGGCAAGCCAUCAAUCAGAUCAUCUUCCGGUGCAUGGAAAUCCUCUGGCUUCACCAUGUGUGCGGAAGUUGCGGAGAAAUUCGCCUACUUCGGGAUCGCCUCGAAUCUGAUAACCUACUUCACCGAGGCGUUAGGACAGUCGACGGCGGUUGCAGCGUCAAACGUCAACCUCUGGCUCGGAACGGCAGCUUUUUUGCCUUUGAUAUGGGGUUCUAUCGCCGAUUCUUUUCUCGGCCGUUUUCGUACAAUCCUCUUGACCUCUUCUUUCUAUAUCAUGGGACUUGUGCUGCUCACGUUUUCAGCGACGAUUCCUUCUCUUUGUAAAGGUCAAGAAACACAUGAGUCGUGCGUUCCUCAAGUCAAAGUAAUUGUCUUCUUUUGUGCUCUCUACCUAAUUGCUUUGGGAGAAGGAGGCUUUAAGGUAUGUCUUAGAGCUUUUGGAGCAGAUCAGUUUGAUGAACAAGACCCUAAAGAGUCCAAAGCCAAGAGUUCUUACUUUAACUGGUUGUACUUUGCGAUAUCAACCGGUAUAUUGACCACUCGGCUGAUCACAAAUUAUAUCCAAGAGAAUCUGAGCUGGGCUUUAGGAUAUGGGAUUCCAUGUCUUUCCAUGAUGCUUGCUCUGUUCUUGUUCUUACUUGGAAUCAAAACGUACCGCUUUAGUACUGGAGGAGAAGGAAGACAAGGCAAAAAACAUGAUAACCCUUUUGUUAGAAUUGGCCGUGUUUUUUUUGCUGCAGCUAGAAACCGGCGACAAACUCCUGAUGAUACUUGCCUUCUUAUGCCAACUGAAAGUUCCAAGAAAUUCAGAUUCCUAGACAGAGCGGUGAUUUCGUGCGAUUCAUCUGAAGUUGAGGAAGCAAAAGCUGUGUUGAGUCUCGUUCCAAUUUGGUUGUGUAGUUUGGUGUUUGGCAUUGUGUAUGCGCAGUCCCCUACUUUCUUCACAAAGCAAGGAUCUACAAUGGAUAGAUCAAUUUCAUCAACACUCCUAGUCCCUGCAGCUACACUCCAAUGCUUCAUAAGCCUAGCAAUCCUCGUCUUCAUCCCAAUCUACGACCGUGUAUUCGUCCCAAUCGCACGAUCAAUCACUCGUAAACCAGCAGGAAUUACAACGCUUCAGAGAAUUUCCACCGGCAUUUUCCUCUCAAUUAUUUCAAUGGUAAUAGCUGCUUUGGUCGAGAUGAAAAGACUCAAGACCGCUCGAGAUCACGGACUAGUUGAUUCGCCUAAAGCUACGGUCCCAAUGAGCGUUUGCUGGCUGAUUCCACAAUACAUUCUCUUUGGAGUCUCCGACGUUUUCACUAUGGUUGGUUUGCAAGAGUUUUUCUACGGACAAGUCCCGCCAGAGCUUAGGAGCAUGGGACUGGCUCUAUAUCUCAGCAUAAUCGGUAUAGGAAACUUCUUGAGUAGCUUCAUGGUAUCGGUCAUCGAGGAAGCCACAAGCCAGUCCGGUCAAGUGAGCUGGUUCUCUAAUAACCUGAACCAGGCACAUCUUGAUUACUUCUACUGGCUACUUGCUUGUCUCAGCUCCCUCGCCUUCAUUUUUAUUGUCUAUUUCGCCAAGUCUUAUGUCUACAACAGCCCAAAGUAAACUCUCUAGCGAUCUUGAGUAAUAAUGUUAUACGUUGAGUGAAAUAAAAAUAAGUAUUGUUU